AUGCUACACGUGUACGAGGGCUCGUUCUACCACCCGAAGACAACGCUUCCGUCUGCCCCCACCCUUCUUGUGCUGCACGAACUCUCUGCGCUUUGUUCUGCAGGGUCCUCUGAACCAACCCUCUCUUCGUACAUAUCACUGAUCACUCACGCCCUGACGGCCCUGAACGCCCUUUCAUCACAAUCAUCCACCACCAUUGCACUGGCCGUGUUCGAUUCUGGCCUGGACCAACUACGGCUGCCCGUCCUCCGGCCAGUAUCUCCACCGGAAGGCGAGAGUCACACCCCAUCGUCCGUGCGACGAGAACCUGUCGCGCCCUUCGUGCACAAUUUCUUCCAAUGGACGGGCGUUGUCGAAGCGGCAGGUUCUCCGGAGACAGAGAUUCCGUCAUCACAGCCCGAGGAAGCAAGCAUGGAACCCAAUCUAACGCAGAUGCGGAUGUGGUUACACUGUGGAGAGGACUCGAGCAUGGACAUCGUCUGGGAAUGGGUUGUAGGAACGCAGUCGGUCGGUCCUCACGCCGGCGCCAAGUAUUUUGACUGGGGCUGA